AGAAAAAGAAAAAAAGAGAAGGGCCCUCACCCUUUCUAGUAGGAGAUUCUCUACAAAACCCACCACCUCUCUCUCCACUUCUUGUGCAUCUUUUAACACACACACACACACACACACACAAAUGAGCAAAUCUCUCCUCUCUCCUCCCCCUUCUUCUCCCUCCUCCUCUUCUUCAUCCUCUAACUCCUCUUCUACACAAUCCACCACCUACAUUGUUCUCAACAAGCCCAAGAACAAGCCCAAGCGCCUCAAGAGAUCCCCUCCUAACCAAGAUAAGCCCCUCUCCCCCACCACCACCACCACCACCACCAAUGGCAAUGCCAAGAGGAGCUCCAUCUAUAGAGGAGUCACAAGGCAUAGGUGGACAGGGAGAUAUGAGGCUCAUCUUUGGGACAAGCAUUGUUGGAACCCAAUCCAAAACAAGAAAGGGAGACAAGUUUAUUUGGGAGCUUAUGAUAGUGAAGAGGCUGCAGCACACACCUAUGAUCUUGCAGCACUUAAAUACUGGGGCCCAGAAACCAUACUUAAUUUCCCACUGGAGACAUAUAGAAAAGAGGUUGAGGAGAUGCAGAGCAUGUCCAAGGAAGAGUACUUGGUUUCUCUGAGGAGGAGGAGCAGUGGCUUCUCCAGAGGUGUCUCUAAGUACAGAGGAGUUGCCAGGCAUCACCACAAUGGACGGUGGGAAGCGAGGAUUGGCCGAGUAUUUGGCAACAAAUAUCUCUACUUGGGAACAUUUAGUACGCAAGAGGAGGCGGCACAGGCAUAUGAUCUUGCUGCUCUGGAAUACAGAGGGCCGAAUGCCGUGACAAACUUUGACAUCAGCUGCUACGUAAAGUCGGCGCCGCAGCCCGUAUCGGAGGCCCGACAAGCGGCCCAGCCAGUGCCGCCGCAAGAGCAUUUGAAAGCCCCGCCGCCGCUGCCGCCGCUGUUCGAAGAGCCCGAGCCCGGCCCGACGGUCGACGACCACUUGGCGGCAGCUGGCGACGUCGCCGACAUGCCGUGGAGCCUCUGCCUGGACCACGGCGGGUUCGACAUGUACCACCACCACCACUCGAUCUGCGGCGACGAGUCCGUCGCCGGCCGGUCGAACGACCUGCACGACUUUCUGAGCUGCGUGGCCUUCGAGGACGACAUCGAGUGCCUGUUCGAGGGCUGUGAGGCCGACGAAGGCAAUGCAGGCACCGACGGUAGUAGCAGAGACGGCGGAAGUGCAGGAACGAGUAAUGCGGUCGCGGUCACGGAAGAAGAAGAAGUUGGUUUGGUGGGCGAAAAAGAUGCUCUGAAGGGUGAAGACGAAAUGGCUUCUCAAGUGAAAGCAGUUUCCUACCCUCCUGCAAUUAGUAUAUGCUCAUAAAAGUUUUUCUCUUUCUCUCUCUCUCUCUCUCUCUUUGAUGUUUCUGGGUCUGCUUUGUUUGAGGAAGUUUUGGUGAGGCUCUGUUUUGACUUUAAAGGUUAGUAGUAGUAGUAGUAGUAGUAGUAGUUGUUGUUGUUGUUAAUGUUAUGUGUCUCAGGAUCAGGAAAAAAAAAAGAGGAAAAAAAAAAAAAAAAGGAGCUAACUAGCUAGGUUAAAUUUUUCCUUAGUUUUAUCUUUUUGAGUUUGAAGGGCUAACUGUUCAAAAAGAAUUAAAUCUAUGCUAAUCUCUUUUUGUGGUC